CACAGUAAAGUGUGGUACAAGAAGUAGUAGUAGAUGCUGCCUUCAAGUGUUACUUUCAUUUUGGUUUGAGGAAUUUGCCAUUUUCCGAUCGAAAAGGGAAAUUCAAGAAUUAAUUGUUAUUCUAACAAAGCAGCAUGAAAACCCCGGCUUCAGGUUUCUACCGAAACCCCGUCAAGUUCAGGAUGCCAACUGCAGAAAACUUGGUACCCAUUCGAUUGGAUAUCGAAAUCGAUGGGCAGAGAUACAAGGAUGCCUUCACUUGGAACCCUUGUGAUCCGGAUUCUGAGGUGGUUGUGUUUGCAAAAAGGACUGUUAAAGACUUAAAGCUACCUCCGGCUUUUGUUACGCAGAUUGCUCAAUCAAUUCAAUCACAGCUGGCUGAAUUUCGAUCCUAUGAAGGGCAAGACAUGUAUGCUGGUGAGAAGAUUGUUCCAAUCAAGCUCGAUCUUCGUGUUAAUCAUACGCUCAUAAAGGACCAGUUUUUAUGGGACUUGAACAACUUUGAGAGUGAUCCUGAAGAGAUUGCUAGAAUCUUCUGCAAAGACAUGGGCAUCGAAGAUCCUGAGGUUGGACCCGCUAUUGCUUUUGCUAUCAGAGAGCAACUUUAUGAGAUUGCAAUUCAAAGUGUGGUUUCAACUAGAGAAAGCAGAAUGAGCAAGAAGGGCCGUCGAGGGGCUGACUAUACUCCAGUCAGUAAAGGAGGUGCUGUAGCAGUGGACUUGGUCAAGUUAUUUGGUCAGAAAUCUAGUGUAGUUCGGAAAAGAAAGGAGUGGGACGUAUAUGAACCCAUUGUGGACCUUCUAUCCAACGAGGAAGUUGAUGCCCUAGAAGCAAAGGAAGAGAGAAAUUUCAGGUGAAUUGGCCUCUGCCACGCCUAAAAAGAAGGGUAUAAUUCAAUUAGAGCGGAUGCUGGAGGUUUAUAGGUCGAAGUUAUUUUACUGUAUAAAAGUUGGUUUCAUCGGAUGAGGAAUCAAUUAUUCAGCUUAUUGUUAUCAUUUGCUUGGUUUGGAUUUAGGUAGCGCUUGGUACUUGGGUAAAUUUUUGAUUCCCGAAAACUGACAUUGAGAAUCUUAUUUAUCCAUAUUUGAUAUAAGGAUUGUAAAAAAAAUUUCGGAAAAAUCAGAUUUCCAGGGUUUAUUUUUCUGAAGGAAAAUCCCAUUGAAGAAUACUACCGGGGAUUCCCACCCGGUGGAAAAAUUUGCCAAUCUUUGAGGUCAAAAUUACCCCCUCUUUGCUCCCCGUGUCAAUGGAGCUUCGUUCUCGUCGACGUGUUUCCAACCCUAUGAUUUCCGCAGCAGGGAAGGAGAAGCAACUGAAAAGAUUUCUAUUUUGUUUUGUUGGCUUCAAAUCCAUCACUGUUCAUUUUGUACUGGUUUUGUUAAAGUACAAACACUAAUCGUCUUCUCCAUCCUCUGAAUAGUGUUAGGGUUUGCAGAGUUGC